AAACGUCAUCAUUCGGGAACACGUGUUUACGCUAGAGUGCGGAAGUGCAGGACAGAUCAAUAUAGGUCAAAUUUAUGCUGCAGCUAGAGUUCUAAUGAAUAAAUGGCAUUUUAAAUAAUUAUACGGUUGUCCUGAUGUCUCGUUCAGAUGUGCUGUCUCUAUACAGGAGGGUCCUGCGCAUUGCACGCAGUUGGCAGGCACAGUCCGGUCUGCUACAGGAUACAGACACAGAGAGGAAGUACAUCACUCAGGAGGCUCGAACCCUUUUCAGACAAAACCAGCAGAUGACCGAGCCAGAAUCAAUCCAGAGAUGCAUUGAGGAGUGUGAGGCUCGGAUAGAGAUCGGACUGCAUUAUAGAAACCCUUAUCCCAGACCGACAUAUCUUCAUCCCAUGGGUCUCGCCACUCAGAAAGGGAGGAAACUGCUAGCUCAGCAGAAACUGAGGAAACAAGCCAAACCCUUGUACCUACAUUCCCACGAUGACACCUGACAUAGACAUUUAUAGAACAGUUUAGGUAAUAAAAUUGAUUUCAAUCAUUUUUAAGUUGCACCAGGGAACAAUAAAGUCUGUUCGGUCAUAUUAUUUAAAACUAAAAUGGUAGUAUCAUGAAAAUAUAUCUGUCACAAUGCAAGGGUAUCGCAGGAGUGUUGAUGUGAACUAUAUAACGUGUCUUAUAUUAUUUAUUGCUUGCUUUCAUGAACAGUGUCUCAGGUGAUGCUACUCUACAAAGUCUUGUCUGAUUUUCAAUUAAAGUUUUAAUUGAUUUAAUUAAUAAUAAGUAUCAUUAGUAUUAUUAAUAAUAAUAAACUGUU